CUCGCCGCGGCAUCCCGGCGGCGGCGGCUUUGUCUCUUGGGCUGGUUCCUGGCGGCUGCCUCCCCGGAACAGCUGCCACCGAGGGAGGAAGCGGCGCGGUCCAGAGCCCUAGUGCUGAAGCCCCCGAGCCCUCGUCAUCCACCACCACCAUGUAAGGGCCAUGAAAAGGGCUCGUCCUGGCGCAGCGCGGACAUGGAGGAGGACUUAUUCCAGCUAAGGCAGCUGCCGGUGGUGAAAUUCCGUCGCACAGGCGAGAGUGCAAGGUCAGAGGACGACACGGCUUCGGGAGAGCAUGAGGUCCAGAUUGAAGGGGUCCGUGCAGGCCUAGAGGCCGUCGAGCUGGAUGAUGGGGCAGCUGUGCCUAAGGAGUUUGCCAAUCCCACCGACGAUACUUUCAUGGUGGAAGAUGCGGUGGAAGCCAUUGGUUUUGGAAAAUUUCAAUGGAAGCUCUCUGUUCUCACCGGCUUGGCUUGGAUGGCCGACGCCAUGGAGAUGAUGAUCUUGAGCAUCCUUGCGCCGCAGCUGCACUGCGAGUGGCGGCUGCCCAGCUGGCAGGUGGCGUUGCUGACCUCGGUGGUCUUUGUCGGCAUGAUGUCCAGUUCUACCCUCUGGGGAAACAUCUCAGACCAGUAUGGCAGGAAAACAGGGCUGAAGAUCAGUGUGCUCUGGACCCUGUACUAUGGCAUCCUCAGUGCUUUCGCGCCCGUGUACAGCUGGAUCCUGGUGCUCCGGGGCCUGGUGGGCUUCGGGAUCGGAGGGGUUCCCCAGUCGGUGACGCUCUAUGCUGAGUUGUUCCUUCCCAUGAAAGCCAGAGCUAAGUGCAUUCUCCCAUGCCAGGUGUUCUGGGCCAUCGGGACAGUGUUCGAGGUUGUCCUGGCUGUGUUUGUGAUGCCCAGCCUGGGCUGGCGUUGGCUGCUCAUCCUCUCGGCUGUCCCACUCCUCCUCUUUGCUGUUCUGUGUUUUGUAGUGGCGCCAGAGAGUGCAAGGUAUGAUGUGCUGUCCGGAAACCAGGAAAAGGCCAUCGCCACCUUAAAGAGGAUAGCCACAGAAACGGAGCCCCCAUGCCCCGGGGAACUCAUCAUCUCCAGACAGGAAGACCGAGGCAAAAUGAGGGACCUCUUCACACCCCAUUUUAGAUGGACAACCUUGCUGCUGUGGUUUAUAUGGUUUUCCAAUGCAUUCUCUUACUAUGGAUUAGUUCUGCUCACCACUGAGCUCUUCCAGGCAGGAGAUGUCUGCAGCAUCUCCAGCCGGAAGAAGGCGGUAGAGGCAAAAUGCAGCCUGGCCUGUGAGUACCUGAGUGAAGAGGAUUACAUGGACCUGCUGUGGACCACCCUGUCUGAGUUCCCAGGUGUCCUUGUGACUCUCUGGAUUAUCGACCGCCUGGGCCGCAAGAAGACCAUGGCCCUGUGCUUCGUCAUCUUCUCCCUCUGCAGCCUCCUGCUGUUUAUCUGUGUUGGAAGAAAUAUGCUCACUCUGUUACUCUUCAUUGCAAGGGCGUUUAUUUCUGGAGGCUUCCAAGCAGCUUAUGUUUACACACCUGAGGUCUACCCCACGGCGACCCGAGCUCUGGGCCUGGGCACCUGCAGCGGCAUGGCAAGGGUGGGCGCGCUCAUCACCCCGUUCAUUGCUCAGGUGAUGCUGGAAUCGUCCGUGUACCUGACGCUGGCGGUUUACAGUGGCUGCUGCCUCCUGGCUGCCCUGGCCUCCUGCUUUUUGCCCAUUGAGACCAAAGGCCGUGGACUGCAGGAGUCUAGCCAUCGGGAGUGGGGCCAGGAGAUGGUCGGCCGAGGGACGCACGGCACAGGUGUCGCUAGGUCGAACUCGGGCUCUCAGGAGUAGUGACCGAUGGGGGGCUGAGCUGGUUUUUGAGGCUGUAGAGAGCGGGGAGCUGCUGGAGCCCGGCUGGGGCACCGAUCGUCACUGCCCACAUCAAGAACUCACCCAAAGGUACCACCUGGACCAACGAGGUUUUGUGUCUUGACUGUUUGCUCAUAUUUAUCAAGAUCCAUCCGGGGAUGGGGAGGCAUUUGCUCUGGGGGGUUCUCCGUGUGUGUGGAAGUUUGUUAAUAACCUGUGGAUCUGCAUGGGAAAAGUGCCACCUCAGCAGUGCCCGGUGACGCCGGUAGCCAGCUGGACACCAUCCAGAGUCAGCCGGUCACAGCCUCGGUGAACAACAACCAAAGGAUCUUUGCAGAUACGCUCCAGGCCGGGACCCCUGUGAGACCUGCCACUCACCCACUGGACCUGUUCUUAGGUUUCUCCUGCAUCCCUGGCCCCAGGCUUUCUUCUUUGAAAUUGCAGGUGACCUGGAUGUGGCCUGAGCAGCUUUUUCUUGGGUCUGAGAAAUGCUCCCAGGGAAGGGGCCCUUCGCUUUGCCUUCCCAGGGCUGAGUAGCGGAGACUCUGGCCGAUGGACAUGCAUUUGAACUUGAGCCGCAUGCCUCCACCUGGCCCCCUCUUGGAGUUGCUGUCCCUGGCUCCAGGGGAUCCAAAUGUGGCCAUGGGGACAGCUGGGCUUGCACUAGAUGACAGCCUCAGAAAGCUGUUACCCCCAGGAAUUGGGGAUGGAGGCAAAAGGGAGGUGAGAACCAAGCCCACGACCAAAGCAGGGGCCUCCCCUUUGGAAGGAGCAAAGGUCACGCCAGGGUCUUCUUUUCUGGCCCCCUCGUUGGUCAGGCUGAUUGGUGACUCUUGGGGCAAGAAAACAGUUAAGUCAGGUUUCAGUGCUUUGGAGUUUGAGUGCAGUGGGUGGCCAAAUGGACCGAGAAACAGAAAGAUGCUCCCCCCAGCCACCUGCUCCCGUGCGGGCCAGGGGACCAGGAAUCCUUCCUCCCUGGAUUCUCUGCCGUCCCUGCUGUCAAGGGGUGGCUUGGUCUUUCCACAGAGGCAGCUCCUGGGGUUCCAGCGAUGGACCCCACGGCAUGGAUACCAUGGGUAGGGAGGAACGGGAGGGCCCAGAUGUGUGAAACAUGUACAUUUUCAAAGAAAGAGAAGGGAGGUCAACUGGAUUUGGGGGUUGGCCUCCAGAGGAAGGCCUGAUGCUGUGUCUCAGCAGACAGCAUCCACCUCCAGGAUUUGGUUUCCACGAGCCUUUUCCCCGUCAUGAAGGCAGGAACCUAGGGAAGGAGAGACGAAGAUGCCAGAUCCCAUCAAAGGCCAGAGAAGACUGACCGUCUGCUUGGAGAUAUCUGCUUGAAGUGAACAUUCCGAGGAAGCCAAAUGUGUACGUUCACCUUUAUUAAAACAUGUUGGUGAUGGACGUUG